CAAUCGAAAGCGUCCUUAUAGUCAUUCGAGGCAGAAUGAGUUCGCGGGAAAGUAAACGGAUUCUCACAGUAUAAGAUGUUUUUUUAUAGUUAGUGUUAACGUUUAGCUAGCCAUAUAUCCCAAAAAAAUUAUGAACGUAUGUUGGAUUGUAUUAUUGAUGAGUUUAUCGUUGGAUAGUUUGAGUUCUGACAACUUGAAAGUCCCGCAUUCAAAGGUGGACCGUUUCGUGGCUAGCUUGUUAGCUACUGUAGCGUUAUUGGCACCAAUUCAUUGGUUAAUCGUAGCCAGAAUAAGCAAUCUUUUGUACGGAGACAAAGAGCUCACCUCUAUUGCUUGCUAGCUAGUUGUGUAACGUUUUAAUACUUGUCGUUUUGAAAAUGAGUUUAUUUAAUUUGGACCGGUUUCGUUUUGACAAUAAUAAAACAACGUCAAACCAGGACAAAUACACCGGUUCCGUAAGUCCAGAGUCAGAAAAGGAGAAUAAACCAGCACGAGUAACAACACCUAUAGCCAACCUGGGAAAACCUGGGCGAGGAGUAGUGUUUGAAGAUGUCAUCAGUGACCCUGAUGACGAUUUGGCAAGUGAUUCGAGGAGGGAUAAAUUAACGAAAGUGGUGAAUUCUUUCAGGGAACCAGUGAAGCUAGAGGUAAGAGAGAUGACUGAACCAUAUGAUAAGGAAGACCAAGUUGACAAGGCGCUGGAAGAGAGACUGGACAAACUGCAGGAAAUCUUCCCUAAUAGAAACAGGAAGGAGUUGUUGGAGGUGAUUGAAAGCACAAGCACUUUAGAUGGUGCCGUAGCCUCAUGCCUGAUGAUGUUUGGUGACAAAGACUCAACGAGGAAGAGGAAACCGGACGGAUCGAGCAGUUGUCGAGACAAAGAUGUGGUCCAGCAGCCCAGCAAGAGGAGGAGAAAGUCUCUGGCUGAAGACUCUGAAGAGGAGGGUGCAGAGCCCAGCUGGGAAAGACAGGAGACCAUGGUUAGGAAACUGCAGAGGAAAUUCCCUGACCAGGAUAAGGAAGAACUCAGGGCUGUGCUGCAGGAACAUGAGUGGAACGUAGCCGACGCCUUGGAGGCGCUUCGCAUGUUCUCUGACCCAGGGGAAUACACCAGCUCUCCUGAAGUCAAGCAAAAGGAACCCAAAGCCAAGAGCAACAGCAAGAGUGACGCCAAGCCAAACAGAGAGUCCAAGGACGGCAUGGAGGAAGCCAAGCCAAGCAGAGAGUCCAAGGACGGCAUGGAGGAAGCCAAGCCAAGCAAAGCUUCCCCUCUGAAAUGGAUGUUCAAGAAAUUUGCCCCUGAAUCCAAACCUACCUCUUCAAAUUUGCAGAGCCUGAAGAUGUCCAACGGGACCAGCAUGGCUAGAAAGGAGGGCGAGAGGGCCAGCAGUUCGGAGGGCGAGAGGGCCAGCAGUUCGGAGGGCGAGAGGGCCAGCAGCUCGGAGGGCGAGAGGACCAGCAUGGCUAGAAAGGAGGGCGAGAGGGCCAGCAGCUCGGAGGGCGAGGACGAGGAGGCGACCAGCAGCGAGUUUGAGGGCGAGGACGAGGAGCUGGACUCUGGGGCGGAAAACGAGGGCACAUCCACGCUACAAGGCCAGAUCCUGCUCUUCUUCCAGGAGGCCUCGCUGGACGAGCUGUCCCUCAUCACCGGCUGUUCGGUGAAGAAGGCCAAGAAGAUCGUGGAGCUGCGGCCUUUUGCUUUUUGGCACAAGCUGAAGGAGCACUUCCGCAAGGAGAAAGGCCUGUCUGUGGAGCUGCUGCUGGGCUGCAGGGUGGUGCUGAGGGAGAGAGCCGUGCUCCGGGGUCUCAUGUCCAAGUGCCAAAACAUCUCGGGCAGGAUGGUGAAGGGAGUCAGCCAGGUCAUCGACAACUGCAUGGGCUCCAUGACCCAGCCCUCCGUCCUCAACAGAAAGUUAAAAUUGAAACCCUACCAGUUGAUUGGGCUGAAGUGGCUUCUCCUGCUGCACCAACACAAGCUGAGUGGAAUCCUGGCUGAUGAGAUGGGUUUGGGAAAGACCAUCCAGGCCAUAGCCUUCCUGGCCAGGCUGUACCAGGAUGGCAUCAAAGGCCCCCACCUCAUCACUGUGCCCGCCUCCACCAUGGAUAACUGGGUUCGGGAGCUAAAGCUGUGGUGCCCCAGUCUCAAGGUGCUAGUCUAUCACGGCUGUGUGGAGGACCGUCAGUAUCUGCGACAUGACAUUCUGAAUAAUCUGGUGGACUUCAACGUCAUCGUGUCCACAUACAACCUGGCCAUCGGCAACGACAGCGACCGCAGUCUCUUCCGCAAGCUCAAACUGAAGUACGCCGUGUUUGACGAGGGCCACAUGCUGAAGAACAUGAAGUCCCUCCGUUAUCGCCACCUCAUGGCCAUCAAUGCUGAGCACCGGCUGCUCCUGACCGGCACCCCUGUGCAGAACAACCUGCUGGAGCUGAUGUCGCUGCUAAACUUCAUCAUGCCCUCCAUGUUCUCCAGCAGCACCACGCAGAUAGCCAAGAUGUUCUCCGUGAAAUCCCAUGAGGAGCAGAGUCGUUUCGAGAGUGACCGUAUCGCCCAGGCUAAACUCAUCUUGAAACCUUUCAUGCUCAGACGAGUCAAGAGUGACGUUCUUAAGCUGCUGCCAGCGAAGGAGGAGAAGUUGGUAUUCUGCCCGAUGAGUGAGAAGCAGCAGCAGCUUUACCAGACCAUGGUGGACAAGUUCAAGAAGUCUGCCAUCGGAGAGAAGAGAGAGCUGUGCAACGUGAUGAUGCAGCUGAGGAAGAUGGCCAACCACCCUCUGCUCCACCGGCAGUACUACACCACAGAGAGACUGGAGGCCAUGAGUAGCCUCAUGCUCAAGGAGCCGACCCAUUUUGAUGCAGACCCAGUGCUGAUCCAAGAGGACAUGGCUGUGAUGUCUGACUUUGAGCUCCACAGGCUGUGCCAGCAGUACUCGUCCUUGGACAAAUACCAGCUGGACAAAGACCUUGUACUGGACUCUGGGAAGUUUCACCUGCUCCAGACACUACUUGCCACGCUCAAGACCAAGGGAGACCGAGUAGUGCUCUUCAGUCAGUUCACCAUGAUGCUGGACAUCCUAGAGAUUCUGCUCAAACACCUGGGCCACCGCUACAUCAGACUGGACGGCUCCACGCCCAUAGCAGACAGGAUCGUGCUGAUUGAUGACUACAACACGGACCCGGAAAUCUUUGUGUUCCUGCUGUCGACGCGGGCCGGAGGCCUGGGUAUCAACCUGACCUCAGCCAACGUGGUCAUCAUGCAUGACAUCGACUACAACCCUUACAACGACAAACAGGCUGAGGACCGUUGCCACAGACUAGGGCAGACCAGGACAGUCCAGGUGAUCAAGCUGAUCCAGAAGGACACCAUAGAGGGCUGCAUGCUGCAGCUGGGUCAGAAGAAACUCAAACUGGAGCAGGACAUGACUGCUGCCGAGGAGGGUGACGAGGGCACCAUACCCAAGGACCUGGCCUCUCUGCUCAAAGCAUCACUGGGCCUGUGAGGAUCUGGGAUCCAGCCUGGAGCGUCACCGCCCAGGCGCCACCGAUUGACUGAAACUUGCCACGGAUACUUGAAUCCUCCUCCUGGAACUUUGUGGGUCUCCCUGCUCACACCCACCCAUGAGACACAGCUGUCCACUUCCAACAGUCUGGAAUAGAGAUCAUAUGAAUGGAUUGUUUGCCCCUGUUGACAGUGUUGUUGAGGCCACUCUGCUCUGUGCAGAACUAGGGAUGUAUUCAUUAGGAACGAAAGCAAAAGGGCCAAAACGGGGAAGGACUAACCUGAACUUGUCCAUUUAAGAAAUGCUCGUUUUUGUUGCGGUUGUACCGUAAAACCCAUGUCGAAGCUGUUACUUGGCCGUUUGUUUUUGUUGUAUGUCCUUGUUGGGACAUCAACAGGGUUUGUCGAAACAGUAAAUAAAGAUUUUAAUAUUUAA